UGGUUACGUGACUUUACCAUGAUCACCAGUUCAACGAGAUAGUGACGGAAAACACCGGCUGAGCUUUUCUCGCGUUUCCAAUCGAGCGCAGAGACUUUGAGGGUCAUCGGGAGAAGUUACCGAGAACGCACUUCCGUGUUGGUCUCCACGGUAAACAUGGAUGAAUGAGUUAGCAUCGUUAGCACGGAGCUCCGCCGACGUUAGCUUCAGAGGGACCCGAAGCUCGGAGCCUCACCGGCGGGCUGAAGCUGCCUGAGAGCCCGGCGUCAGCCAGCGGAGGAUGAGGCUUCCUCACGACAACUUCUUCUACCACUCAAAUACAAGUUUCGGAGUUGCUGGCGACCUCCAUGAUGAGAAAAAACUUAUGGCCGAGGAGCAGAAACUCUGCCGAGCCCGAGCUCGCAAGUUUUCCCUGGAGACCAAACGACGCAGGAAGGCGCUGGAGGAAAGACAGAAGACGAGGGACGAGCAGGAGAAGCGGGAGAGGGAGAAGAUCCUGCAGCAACGCAGAGAGAGAGUGCAGGAUGCGACCGAGCGCUUCCAAAGAGGCCACCUACCUCCUUCUCAAAGACGAAGACGAACUUUUACAAGAGACGUUCCAAAUAUUGACGAUUUCCUCAGUCAACUUCAAGGCCCUUUGAGUUGUUACACCCAGCAGUCGUCAUACCUGUCCGGAAACUCCAACAUUAACAGAAGCUGCACUCCCUCUCCUCAAUCCUCCCAUAGCCACUCUCUUUUUGUUGUGGAGGCCCACACCAAAACAUUUCUGGAGCAGAGGAUGGCUUUCUCCAAGAACCUCGGAGAAAAUGAGACGACACAAGAGAAGCAACAAAAUCACAGUCCACAGGACAGCCACGUGUCUGACAGCUGUAACUCCAGUAGGGACAGUUUGGAGAAUGAGGACCACAACCAUGGCGGAAAUAAUCUGUGGUGUUCCCACUUUUACUUACUUGACUCAGAAAAGCCGCGGCAUGCAUCAGACCGAACUUCAUCAGCAAUGCGGCUCCUGGAUGGAAAAUUCACCCAAUCAGAAAAGCAGCAGGAGCCACAGCAGAAAAAGCCAAAUGACUCAGAGGGUCCUAACAAUAAGAUGCACAUUGUCAACGCUUCCUGGGGGUUCACAUCUGAGCAGACGCAGAAAACGGAGACACAACCUGCAGUGAACAGCGACAAUUUAUCAUCAUCAUGUGAAAUUAGUAGCACUGACCCAGAGCACUUUGAGACCAACUCCACACGCAACUAUCCCAAAGACAACAUUAAUUUUACAGUUACGCUCGACAGCACAGCACUUGACUCAUCAUGUCCAAAACAAGAGGCUCUGUUGGAUCUUAGACAGCAGCGAGUCCACGAUGACAGACAGUUAAUACAUCCGUCAGCUACAGAGAUUCUUCUGCCUGCCAAAAAUGGCAACAGCAGAGAGAUUUUGUUUGGGGCUCCCCUAAAGCCAAAUAUUUUCCUAAAUGAAAGCAACACAGAUAACUCCUCACAAGUGGGAACGCUUCAGCACAUAGGAAAAGAAACCCAGCAUCUUUCAUCCCAAAAAGAGCCCAGCGCUUCCAUUAUUAACCUCAAUGCCUUUUCAAACCUGGAGCCGACAACUGAGAAGCCCGUGCUGCAACAUGCACGCCUGUCAGACAUUCAGUCAGACACCCUCAAAUGCUUCAAGCGUCCCGAGGAGGACGAAGAAAAGUUGCCUCUCUCAGUCGUCAGAUUAAUUAAAGGGAUUCUUAAAAAGCCGUCCAGAUACAUGUCAACUGAUGCUGCAUGUGGGUACAGUUCAGGGCAAGGGAUUUUUGCAGAACAAGUAGCUUUAGCGAUCAAAGAUAGUGUUGAAUUGACCCGGGCAAAGACGAAGGAUGUGAGGAGCAGUGCUAUCAAAAAGAGGGUGCGUUGGUUUGAUGAGGUUCACGAGGAAAAAGAGCAGAUCAAAUCGAAGUCUUCCAUCCUCUCUCAGUCAAAGAAAAAACCAGAAGACCACAAGCAAGGUCUUACUACAGUCUCAGGGGCUUCCAAGCCUGGACCCAACGUGACCCCUGCAGCCUCCACUGGUUAUCACUUUACAAAGCAAGCGUGGGCAGAUGUUGGGGUUCAAGUCAGUUUAUCCCAGGAAAGAGCAGACGAGGUCAAGGUGCUGCAGAGCGCCACCAGGUCCAUUGGCCCCAAGGCCCCUUGGAGAGAGCUCCCUGCCCGAGCCAGAGCGGGUCCUGUUUCCUCACGGAGUAGAAAGGGCACCGUCAUACGACCUCAAUCUGCCACCGAGGUGAAUCGGAUUGCCAAAACCCAAGGGAGGAUCAUGGUGCCCCGCCCACCUCCCCGGAUGGAAGCGGUGGAAGAGAAGAUGGCGUAUGUCACCAAGACUCCAUAUGGCAUGGAUCACACAUGUAGUGUCAACAGUAAACAAGCUGUGGCUGGAGAGCAGGCCCUGCACAAGGACGCCUCAGGAGGCUCACCGUACACACAUCAUGUAAUCAGAACAGAUAGCAGUGUUAUGCACACAGCACUGCCCCCCUCGCACACAUGCCCCGUCUCAGAGGGCAAUGAGAAGAGCAAGCUCAGCUCAGGUCACCAGGAAACUCAGGGCUGCGGGAGAAGAAGAGGGACGGUGUCCAAUGAAAGGGGCCUCUGUUUAGACUGCACUCCCACAGAUGAGGAGAUCUCACAGCUCUGGCACGGUGUCCGCAGCGCCUUAGUCAUCAAGGACGCAAAAGCCGUUCUUAGAUGCAAGGCGCCGGAAAGUGGGCGGGCUGCGAGGAAACCCUGCUCGGAGCAGAGCAGACAGUCUCCUGGCUCAGGGAACAGGAGGCCUCCUCCUCAGCCCUUUCAGCCAUCAAAUCAGUCAACGGAGCCAGGCAGAUUGUUUUCCAAUCCGUGCGACGUGGCCUUGACUCAUGAAGGAGUGGGGAGUGCAGCCCAGUUACACCUGGCUGAAGUACACGCUCUGGGCCGACUGGAAGAAAGAGAUGUUGUAGCUGCCAUGGAAACCGCCCAAACACAGAGUCCUGGAGCAAUGCAGCAGCAGCAACACAAGAGCCUCACCACCAUCUCCCUGGAGGAGCAGAAGAUCCUCCUCUCGCUGGAAAAACUUAACCACCAGCUGCACUGUGUGAAGAAACACGCUGGGAGCAACUCUGGCAUGCAAGGCCUCAUGCUUAUGGAUGCAGCCUCUACUAGGGAAAUGAAAGUGACAAACCGCCACAAGCUCCGUGCAUCCUCGGCUAACAACCACGCUCGGAACCUGAAGAAAUCCUGAAUGAAAGCAUGUUAGGUUCAGAGCAUUCUUCACUCCCAUCAGUGCAUUACUCCCUGAGUCAAGCACUUUAUUGCCUUGUAAAAUAGAUGUAGCCUCUUUUAAAAAUGAAAGUGCCUUCUGGAGUAUCUGCUAAGAUAUAAAACACAGUGGACUGUAGAUAAUUAAA